AAUCUUCAACAAGACGUGUUCUUUGUGCCAAACCCAUCCACAAUGUCAUACGGUGCUUCGUACGAACAGUACAAUACGCUUUUCCUCAACGAGGCAAGUGAAAUCCACCCAAGCAUAGUAUACCGUAACUUGGGGCUCGUGACGGUGUUGUUAUUGGUCCUUACUCUUUUGUCGUUGGCCACGGCCUUGAUGGUCAAUUUAAAGAACAAGUCUCAUGUGAGUUACUUGGUGAGUGCCAGCAUCGCGUCGUUGUCAAUUGGGUUCGGAAGUAUCUUGUUGUCCAACUACGUGGGCGUAUAUAUCUAGGGAAUAUAAAUCAAUAAAUACAAUUUUUCGG